CACUCCAGUACAGUAGACGGCAGUAAUGCACCUUUAUGCUGGUUUACCAACCGCCAAUGAACCAAGAAGAAAAAGAAGCGAUAGCGUCAGAGGAAGAAGAAGAAGGAGGAGGAGAAAGUGCAAGCACAGCAAUCGCUAUGGAGGAGACGAAUCGGGAGGCAGUUGCAACUGCGGUGCAGCGUGUGGCAGGGAUGCUGCAGAGAUCAGACCAACUGGAUAAAGUGGAACAGUACAGAAGAAGAGAAGCUCGUAAAAAGGCCUCUGUGGAAGCUAGGCUGAAGGCAGCCAUCCAGUCCCAGCUGGAUGGUGUCCGCACUGGACUAACUCAGCUGCACAGUGCCCUGCUGGAUGUCAAAGACAUCCAGAGCUCACUGGUUGACGUGAGUAAAGACUGGAGGCAGAGCAUUAACACCAUAGAGAGCCUAAAAGAUGUCAAGGAUGCUGUAGUUCAACACAGUCAGCUGGCCUCUGCUGUGGAAAAUCUAAAAAACAUUUUCUCUGUACCAGAGAUCGUGGCAGAGACACAGCAGCUGAUUGAGCAGGCAGAGCUGUUGCAGGCCCACAGGAAAUUGAUGGAGCUGGAAUGUUCACGGGAUGAUCUCAUGUAUGAGCAGUACCGUAUGGACAGCAAGAACACCAGUGACAUGAACCUCAUCUCCAUCUACUUUGAAGAUGUUCAGGGGUUAUCAGAUGAGCUGGCCAAACAGUUAUGGAUGGUACUGCAGAGGUCGAUGGUAACGGUUCGUCGUGACCCAACCAUGCUGGUGUCCGUAGUUCGCAUCAUUGAGCGGGAAGAGAAGAUCGAUCGGCGUAUGGUUGACCGAAAGAAACAGACGGGGUUCAUUCCACCAGGGCGACCCAAACGGUGGAAGGACAAGAUGUUUGAGGUGUUGGAGGGUACAGUCAGCACUCGCAUUGAAGGCACCCAGGCAGUAACAAGAGAGACAGAUAAAAUGUGGCUGGUUCGUCUUCUAGAAAUAACAAGGAAAUACGUUCUGGAUGACCUCAUUGUUGUCAAGAACCUCAUGGUCCAGUGCUUUCCUCCACACUACAACACUUUUGACAGAUUUUUCUGUCUGUACCACAAUGCUGUGUCCACUCGUGUCAAAGAACUGGCCUCUGAGGACUUGGAGGCUAAUGAGAUCGUGUCCCUGCUCACCUGGGUCCUCAACACAUAUAAAAGUGUGGAGAUGAUGGGCCAUCCAGAACUCUGUUCAGAAUGUGACAUCAAUCAACUGGAGCCUCUGCUGCCACAGGAUGUGGUAGAUGACCUGCUCAGUAAAUAUGUCAAGACUUUUACGUCUAAUAACAGGUGGCUACGGAAGGCUCUGGAAACGGAUAAGAAGGAUUGGCAGAAAGAAACGGAGCCUGAGGCUGACCAAGACGUUUACCAGACCACACUGCCUGCCAUUGUCUUCAGCACUGUACAGGUUUUUUGGUCCAGAUUCAGCACGAGCCUCACAUCCCAGACUUGGGCCAUUAGUUACUUUUUACAUAAUUUGCUUUUACAGUGGCUCAUUUACUCAUUCUCUCUCUUGUUAAUCUUAAUGUAUUGUCCUUCAACCCUUUAUAAGAUGUUUGAGCAGAACCUGCAAGUUGCUGCACAGAUUGAUGGGGAUUUCAAAGAAACAGUUCAAGCUUGCCUGAAGCAAAUGAACACUUUCCUUAUCAGGUACAGGGAAGAGGUGGUGAUCUACAAAGAGGAGCACCUUAGAGACAGACAGCUGCCUCAAUGUUAUGUACAGUACAUGAUAGCCAUCAUCAACAACUGCCAAACAUUCAAGUAAGAUUUAAUUUUUCUGAAGAGGAAGUACUCUCAGUCCUCAGAACCCACUGAGAGUGAUGCUACCAUAGAAAGAACACUCAAUGAAGUGGCAAAGGAGGGUUGCCAGUUCCUACUGGAUGAAGUCUUUCUAGACCUUGAGCAUCACCUGAGUGAACUGCUGACCAGGAAAUGGCUGACUGGCUCUCAUGCUGUGGACACCAUUUGUGUGACAGUGGAGGACUACUUCAAUGACUUCAACAAAAUCAAGAAACCCUUCAGUCAGGAGAUGACAAGUGAGGCCCUGCGCAGGGUGGUGGUAGAGUACGUUAAAGCAGUGAUGCAAAAGAGGAUCACCUUCAAAACCGCUGAUGAGAGGCGGGAGGGAGCUGAGAGGAUGAUCAAAGAAGCUGAUCAGUUCAAGUUCCUCUUCAGGAAACUGGCUGCAGGUGAAGAUACAGACUGGCUUUGUGGUGCCAUCACUGCCAUCGCUGAAGUAUUUAAGCUCACUGACCCCACCCUACUGUUCCUGGAAGUCACCACGCUGGUAUCCAAAUAUCCAGAUAUCAGGGAGGAACAUAUUCAGGCUUUGCUCGCUGUACGUGGUGAUGCCAGCAGGGAAAUGCGACAGAUGAUCAUCGGCACUCUCACCGAGAACAAAGUAUCCUACUCUAGUGUCGCACAGCCCAUAUUUAAAGACAUCACUGUGCCUACCAUCACCAUGACUACUAUGACCUCCAUGGCAACUGCAAAGCUGCUCAAAUAAAGCCAGUCAUCAUGACACUGUUUCUAGCUUCAGCACCUUCUGUCACAAUAGCAUAACAAAACUUGUUUUAUCAGAUACUGUGUUUAUUUUUCAUUGUUUGAUACUGCCUGCUGUGUUUUCUGUUGCCAACUCUUUGCUAACUAUCUUACUGUUUUCAGAAGAAAGUAAUAAAACUUGAAGUGGUAAAUAUGGUUGAAAAAUGCUUUAUUUUCAGAUUAAAGCAUCAUAACAUCCUCA